CGCGGAUCAAAACAAACAAACCACGCAGCUUCCACGCAGCGGGAGAAAUCUGGUUUUCGGCGUUCCUGUUGCGAUUAUUGCGUUAUCUCAAGGAAUUUCUACCAUUUGCGUUUGGGUGUAACCCCGCGGCUCGAUCCGAUCCGAGCGAUCGAGCCUUGAAGCCUCAUUGUGUCCACCUGUUUUCGCGUCGUCCGCUUUGACCACCACUCUGGCCCCCUUCCCCAAAUGUCCGUAACAAACAACCAUAUCGAUUAUCAACAGCACAACACGGGCCAGCAGGCAAGCGGCGAUAGUAUGGCAUCUCCCUCUCCGAACAACGCUACGCUUGGAACGUCGAAUACGACCGGCAUCUCGAAGGGAAACUCCGCAUCGUCCGCUGGCGGUAGUUCGGGUGGGAGCGGAUCUUCGAGUGGAAGCGACGGAACGACGCAGCUCCUGACCAAACCGCGCCUCCAGGAGCUUGUGCGGGAAAUCGAUCCAACGGAGCAGCUGGACGAAGAGGUCGAAGAGCUGCUGCUACAGAUCGCGGACGAUUUCGUCGAGAACACCGUCAACGCUGCCUGUCUGCUGGCGAAGCAUCGGAAGGUGCCAAAGGUGGAAGUACGUGACGUUCAGCUACAUCUCGAGCGCAACUGGAACAUGUGGAUACCCGGGUUCGGCACGGAUGAGCUUAGACCGUACAAACGUGCGACCGUGACAGAGGCGCACAAGCAGCGACUCGCUCUCAUACGGAAGGCAAUCAAAAAGUACUAGCAUCAUAUCCGUGCAUUAGAACUAGCGAUAAGCUUUAUAAGAAUUAUGAUAAUAAUAAUAAUGGUCGAACGAUACCGUAAAAGGUGAACCCGCUGUUGAUGAUGGUUGGA